AUGUCUGGGGAAAAAAUCUAUGAAGGCGUCUUCGCCGUCCACAAGCCUCAAGGCGUCACCUCGGCCGAUGUCAUCCGAACCCUUCAGCACCAUUUCAACCCCUCCAAGCUCUUUAAGCCCUGGCUCGAAGAGGAGCGCGCGCGACGUACCAGAGAGAGUAGCUACCAGCGCAACAGGCGCCGCUCGAGGCGCCUGGACGUCAAGAUCGGACAUGGAGGUACCCUCGACCCAUUGGCGACCGGCGUGCUAGUCACGGGUGUGGGCAAGGGUACGAAAAGCCUCAACGACUUCCUAGGGUGCACAAAGACCUAUGAAACGGUUGUGCUUUUCGGAGCUGAGACAGACACCUACGACAAGCUGGGGAAGAUCGUCCGACGGGCCCCGUACGAGCAUAUCACUCGGGAGGCGGUUGAGAAGGCGCUCGAGCAGUUCAGAGGGAAGAUCAUGCAGCGUCCGCCUAUCUUCUCGGCGCUGAAGGUCCAGGGGAAGAAGCUUUACGAGUAUGCGCGGGAGGGCAAGGAGCCUCCUAUUGAGAUCCAGUCACGCCCCGUGGAAGUGAGCGAUCUGCGCAUUCUCGAGUGGUACGAGCCUGGCACCCACGAGUACGAGUGGCCCAAGGAAGAGGCUGCCGGAGAGGAGAAGGAAGUUGCGGAAAGGCUUCUGGCGAAAGAUGAUACCCUGCCCGUAGCUCCGUCUGCUGAGACCGAAGUCCCGGCCGAGGAUAGCGGAGAACAGGAGACAUCAACAGCUACAAAACGUAAGACACCGCCGCCUGCUGAAGAGCCCACGAAAGACGACGUGGAUGCUCCAUCUGCCAACGAUGCCGAGCUUGGCCCAUCGGUGGCGAAGAAACAGAAGAUCACCGCCAAUGGCGACUCGGCGCCGGCGCAGGCUGAGCCCUCAAGUGGUUCAUCGGAAACAGUUACAACACCGGCAAAUGAACCCUCCCCUCAACCUCCUGCUGUGAAAAUCACCAUGACCGUCUCGUCUGGCUUCUACGUCCGCUCUUUGGCGCAUGAUCUGGGCAAGGCCCUUGGUAGCUGUGGUCUUAUGAGCUCACUCAUCCGAACGCGCCAAGCGGAUUUUGAGCUGGACUCUGACAAGGUUCUCGAGUAUAAAGAUCUCGAAGCCGGUGAGGAUGUUUGGGGUCCGAAAGUCAAACGAUUCCUAGAAGCGUGGGAGAAGAAGAGAGCGGAAGCGAACACCGAAUAA